AUGGGUUGCACUAAGAAGAAGCAGCUGAAGCUGUGGUGCUGGUGUUGUAACAGAGAUUUUGAUGAUGAAAAAAUCCUUAUACAGCACCAAAAGGGAAAGCGUUUAAAAUGCCAUAUAUGUCAUAAGAAACUAUACACAGGACCUGGACCAGUCCCAGGAGCACCAAGAAUGCCAACAGGUGUACCUCCAUUAAUGCCAGGGGUUCCUCCACUGAUGUCAGGAAUGCCACCUGGAAUGAUGCCAAUGGGUGGAAUGAUGCCUCCUGGACUAGGAAUACCACCUCUGAUGCCUCAUCUGCUGCCAGGUACACCUCCCCCUGUUCUACGUCCUGGAAUUCCUCCGAUGACUCAAGCACAGGCUGUAUCAGCACCAGGUAUUCUUAAUAGACCACCUGCACCAACAGCAACAGUUCCUGCUCCACAGCCUCCAGUUACUAAGCCUCUUUUCCUGAGUGCUGGACAGAUGGGGACACCUGUAACAAGCUCAAGUACAGCUUCAUCUAAUUCAGAAAGUCUGUCUGCAUUUUCUAAAGCUCUGUUUCCUAGCACAGUACAAGCUCAGGUAGCUGUCCAAGGACCUGUUGGUAUAGAUUUCAAGCCCUUAAACAGUACUCCUGAAACAACUACAGAGCCUCCCAAGCCUACAUUCCCCGCAUAUAUUCAGUCAACAGCAUCAACCACUAGUACAACAAAUAGCACUGCAGCUAAGCCAGCAACUUCAAUAACAAGUAAGCUUGCUACACUUACAACUACCAGUGCAACCAGUAAGUUGAUCCACCCAGAUGAGGACAUAUCACUGGAAGAAAGAAGGGCACAGUUACCUAAGUAUCAGUGUAAUCUUCCUCGGCGAGGACAGGCUACAACUGAUAACCCAUCUGUUAGACAAAUUGGAGGUAUGAUGCCACCACAGCCAGGUAUCCCACAGCAACAAGGAAUGAGACCUCCAAUGCCACAUCACAGUCAGUAUGGUAGUCAUCAUCAAGGCCUACCAGGUUACCUUCCUGGUGCUUUGCCACCAUAUGGGCAAGGACCACUAAUGGUGCCCCCGUACCAAGGUGGGCCUCCUCGACCCCCAAUGGGAAUGAGACCUCCUGUAGUGUUGCAAGGUGUACAUUACUAA